CGCAAUGCUUUGCGGUAACGAGGACGUCAGUAGAAAGCUGUGCAGUAUGUUAGAUCCCGAGGACAGUGCGGAACCUAAAAUUGGUUCUUCCUUUCCUAAAUUUUUUCUUAUUCUUCUAGCCAUGCUGAUGGUCAUAGGAGCCCUGCUGUUCUUGGCCUUUUCGGCCACCGAACAAAACGAGGACAAUUUUUACUCGUUUAAAGUGGUCAACAUCAGGGGUAAACUAGUCUCCCUGGACAAAUACCGAGGCUCGGUAUCACUAGUUGUCAAUGUUGCAAGUGAAUGUGGGUAUACCGACAGUCACUACAAAGCCUUACAACAGCUGCAGAGAGAGCUUGGUCCCUAUCAUUUUAAUGUGCUAGCAUUUCCCUGCAAUCAGUUUGGACAGCAAGAACCCAAUAGUAAUAAUGAAAUUGAGAGUUUUGUCAGACAAACAUACAGCGUUACCUUUCCUAUGUUCAGCAAGAUAGCAGUAAAGGGCAUUGGGGCAAAUCCAGCCUUUAAAUAUUUAAUUGAAUCCACUGGAGAAGAGCCAACUUGGAACUUCUGGAAAUAUCUGGUAGACUCAGAUGGGAAAGUGGUAAAUGCUUGGGACUCUGCUGUCACUGUUGAAGAAAUAAAACCUUAUGUGAUCGAACUUGUGAGGCAACUCAUUCUGAAGAAAAAACAGGAACUCUGAUUAUUUUUUAAAAGCACACAUUUUUGUAUUUCUGUUUUUGGAUCAUUGAUAUAGGUCUUCAUAUUUCCAACAGAUAAAUACAUUUGGAUUACUGAGCUAGCUUCCAUACCGUAAAUAUAAGUAUUUGUUUCUCAUACAGAAUGUCCAGUACCUUUUCUAAGUAAAUCAUAGAUAUCAAAACUGAUAACUAAGAGGAAAAGUAAAAUUAAUGAAAGGCCAGUUUUUAUUUAUUUUGCUGACAAAUCACUUAUUGAGUUUAGCAAGAUGAAGCGUCAUGUAGGAUUUCCAGGCAGCAAAAUUCAGUUCAGACAGAAUUCCCUAAAUACAGGUAGUCCUCGACUUACAACUGCAAUGGAACCCAAACUUUCUGUUGCUAAGCAGAUAGUUGUUGUGAGUUACACUCCAUUUUAUGACCCUUUUUGGCACAGUUGUUAAAUGAAUCAUUGUAAUUGUUAAGUGAAUCAUGUGGUUUUUAGGUGAAUCUAGUUUCCAUCAUUGACUUGCUUGUUGGAAGCCAACUGGGAAAGUUACAAAUGGUGAUCACAUGAUACCCAGACAGUGCAACAGUCAUAAAUAGAUGCCAGCAGUCAUGCAUCUGAAUUUUGCUCAUGUGACCAUGGGGAUGCUGAAACAGUCAUAAUUGUGAAAACUUGAUCGUAAGCCAUUUUUUUCAGCGUUGUUGUAACUUUGAACAGUCACUAUAUGAAUGGUUGUGAGUCAAGUAGUACCUGUAAACCUUACUGAUAGUAAGAUUUAUCAUGAACAUAUCAUGAUCAUGAACAAUGAUAAUGUUCAUAAUGAUAACUAUAAUGUUCAAUAUCAUAAACAUUAUCCUGAGAAUUAUUUAUAAAACAGAAACCAGAACAGAAAAAUGUGAUCUUAGCCUAGCACAGGCAUAAAAAGCAAUGAUUAUGCUAGGAAAAUACAGUAUAAUUAGUCCUUGACUUACCACAGUUCAUUUACUGACUGUUCAAAGUUACAGUGCUACUGAAAAAAGUGACCCAUGAUCAGUUUUCAGCCUGAUGACCAUUGCUUCAUCCCCAUGGUCACGUGAUCAAUAUUCAGAUGUUUGGCAACUGACUCAUAUUUAUGACAUUUGCAGUGUCUCACAAUCAUGUGAUCCCUUUUGCGACCUUCUGACAAAGUCAAUGGAGAAACCAGA